UAAAGCCAACUAAACCGGGAUACUAAAUAUUAAAAUAGGGAAGCUACUAGAAGACGACCAAAGCAAAUUGGGCUUAUAUAAAUUACCUUCAAAUUGUAUGUAUUGGACACAGACGCGUUGCGAAGGAUAUUGGGUUUUAAUCGUGAGGCACUCUUCUCCCAUCUUCGCACAAAAUUGACGACUGCUUUCCAAUUCUGCGCAGAUCGGCAUUGUUUCUGUAAGGAAAAUGACUACAUCUAGGCGCCUUGCAGACAGGAAGAGUGCUAAGUUUCAAAAGAACAUUACGAAGAGAGGUUUGGUUCCUGAAACAACAGUCAAGAAAGGCAGCCAGUAUCCGGUGGGCCCAGUUGUUCUCGGCCUUUUUGUAUUUGUCGUGAUUGGAUCAUCUCUGUUUCAGAUAAUUCGAACUGCAUCAAGUGGCGGUAUGGCUUGAUACCCUCUACUGUGUAAGGGACUGAUUUAGCAGUCUUAUUCAUUCAUGAGCAUCAAACAGGAGUUACCCACUUUUACAAAAACAAUAGUCUAGUCUAAACAUCUUUUGUCUGUAGGAAAAUCAUGUUCUUUGUUACAUUUGUCUAUUCAUUGUGGUUAGUCCAUGAAAAUUAUGGAUAUACAAUGGAUAUGGCUCUAAGCCUGAAGAAGGUUUUGGAAAAAAUCAUUUAAUAAAAUUGAUUCUGCUCUCCUUGAAAUCUUUA